AUGAACGGAACCGAUUGCGGGGGAAAUGGUGCAGAUACGUUCCUGAUGCCGCUAAAAAAAAAGCGGUGUCCAGCUGACGACGGCUGUCCGAGGGAACCGGUCCAGACCGACUGUCCGCCUAGCCGCAAUAAGCCGAGUUCCACUCGAUUCGAGGAUUCAGUCGAGUGGAAGUGGACAAAGUGCACGAGCGAAAGUCUGUUCCGGACUCUAGGCCGGUACUACGACGAGACAUGGUUCCCGACAGUGAUCAACGAGUGGUGUCAGCUUUAUUAUCGAUGCAAUCACGUGACCGACUACUGGCAGCAUCGGGAUGAGUGGCUGGCGGGUGACGAGGAGGUCCGGCUAGCUGUGUGGGCCGAAGUGCUCAGACAUCGCGACCAACACGACGCGAACCAAAGCGAACAGUGUGAUACCGACCUGAUGCACAUCGACGACCGAGUGGACGCUGCCAAGAUAAUGGAAAUACACGGGGCCUUGAACGAGGCUAACGAUCGGAUCGAACUAAAACGAGUGGAGGUACAAUCCACGUCUUGUGUCCAGAAGCCGAGUGCCGCAGAAAGGAAAAGGGCAGAAGUCGAAGCGGCAGAGAUAGCGCUGGCUGACCCGGACGAUGAACCAGAUUGGGUGGAAAUGCGACGCAGGAUGCGCGGCUCAUUUGCUGCAUUAAAUUUAGCCAGGUGCGAUGUCAGUGUCGAACUCCUGGACCAUAUCAUGAUUGAGCUGUGCAAAUAUUGGGCCAAUGUGCCGGAACUAGAACACACGAUCGAACCACUCUUGGAGCGAAACAUUAUGCGCGAAGUACAAAACUUUCGAUUCAAACUCUUCAAUGUGACAAUCGAUAUCGAACCGGAGAUUGAACUAUCGUAUCAGGAAACUGAGGAACCAGAACCGUGUUACAUACGACCACGGUCGUCAUCCGUGCCACCACCACCACCACCACCGUCGCCUGUGAUUUGCAAAAGACCAAAACCUAGAACAGCGAGUUGUCGCAGUCGUAGACCAGCUACCACCAAGUUGGCCGAAGCCAGAGCUCGGCAAAACGCCGCACGAACGCAGGACCGUGAAAACGCAUCUAUGGGUCAAUGUCGAGACCGUAGGUAGUUCGUGACCGACUAAGUUUUACGAAUCUAAAUUUUACUCUUAAAUUGUAAAUUUUGAAAAUAUAUAAUAUGAUUUUA